CAUUGAAAUGCAAUUAAUAUAUUUCAUGAAUAACAAAAUGACGGUGAAAUGUCCUGGCUGGGACUACGUUCGUAAACUUGGUGAUGGUGGAUACUCAGAAGGAAUUUAUGAAAUUAUCAGUCAGGACCAAAAUCUAUCUGGAGCAAUGAAAGUGGUAAGCCUUUAUAAAAUUCCAUCGGCAAAACUAAGCGAAUUGCAACAAUUUAGAGUGAGAAAAUGAAAAAUUGAAAGUAGAACUCGAAAUACUCACCAAACUUAAUAAUUGUUUCUCUCAUGAAAAAGCUAUUAUAGAAUCCUAAAAAUUUAGGAUUUCCACGGAUUAUAAAAUAUUGUUUUUGUCAGACACACAAGACUACCUUAUACUUAGCCUCCAUGGGGCACGAUGGAGGAUUUAAAAGUGCUAAAAUUUGACUACACCUAAGAAUUCUAGGAAAGCUUCACUUCUGUGUACUCGGAUAAAGACUAUUUUGAUAUAAACCUCGCUAUUGAGCAGUAGAUCAUAAAAUUUCUGCUGAAGCUUCACACUCUGGGUAUGUCCAAGAUGAUAUUAAGCCAGGAAAUAUCCCAAAUGACUCUAACAAGAAUAAGUUCUGAUUCGUUCUAAUUAAUUUCGGAAUUUCAUUAGCGUAUCUAGAUAUCAAAAGUAUGCCCUUAUUUCGUCAUAAUUAGAUUAAUUUGCUUGUCUAUUCAAAUAAGGCACUCCAGUCCAUCCAAGAAAUCACCUUGCACAUGAAAGGUUCUCUUUUGAGGGCUGUCAUUAAAACUAUCAAUAUUUGCCAUCUACUUGUU